AUGCCUUUUAACGCUGCCACUGCUGACGCUUCAAAUGGUGCUAAAUUGUUCAAGACUCGUUGCGCUCAGUGCCAUACAGUUGAUGCGGGAGGGGCAAACAAAGUAGGGCCAAAUCUUCACGGGUUGUUUGGUCGUAAAUCUGGCACAGUUUCGGGAUUUUCAUAUACUGCCGCAAAUCAAAACAAAGGAGUAAUUUGGAAGGAAGAUACUUUGUUUGAUUACCUCGAAAAUCCGAAAAAAUAUAUUCCGGGUACAAAGAUGGCAUUUGCCGGUUUCAAAAAGGAAAAGGAACGAAAUGAUGUCAUUGCCUAUUUGAAAGAUGCUACCGCUUAA